AUGAUGGGUUGUGGAGGUUCUAAAUUGUCUGCUAAGAGCAAACAAGCGGAUGCGGAUCCACCAAAGCCUUCAGAUCCUGCUGAUGCUCAUCGAUUUGAGCGGAUUUGUACACUUCCACUACAUGAUGGUGAGAAACCGAUGAUCUUCGGUGCAAUUAUGAUAAAUGAUCUUGCCGCGGUCAGAUCCCUUGUGCCUGCAGAUUACCUUGAGGGCAAAAAUAUGCAGGAUGAAUUUCACAUAACUACAAUUUAUCUUGGGGGGAAACCGCCACAAGACGAUGAACUUUUCAAAAAGUUACAAACGUUGGAAGGUACUUCCAUCCAGGUGGCACCUGUCCGUAUCGCGUCCGACGCAAAGGCAACAGCAAUUGAAAUUCGUAACAAUAACGAAUUCCCAUGCCAAAAUGUACACCCGCACAUUACCAUUGCUACUGCUCCCGGUGUACCAGCGAAGUAUAGCAAUGAGCUGCUAAGCAAAGUAAGCACUGAAACAAGCGACAUCAAGGUAAUGGAGUUGUCACCUGAUGUAUCCAUUUCAGGUGUGUUUCAGUUUGUGCGGUGA